AUGGCAAGCAAGCCCAUUAAGAAAUAUUCGCUUUUUACUUUUUUUUUUCGAUACAGCUCUGUUAUUUUUCCUAUAAAGAUUAGAAUUAUAUCGAGGCACAGACAGAUUUUGUUCAAUACUUGUAACCACUCUUCUCUUUAUCUGGCGCUGCGAACAGGAUCGUUAUACGCCUUCGUGGAAAACAUCUGGAAGUUUGUACGAGCCCAGCCAACCAUCAGUAAAAUCUUCGAGAUUCAUCAGCUCUACCAGUCCAAUGCCUACCAAUUCGAGCGCUACUGAUGAACCCUCUGCUCAAAGCACCUCCGGUAAUCAAACUGCCGCUAGGAAAUUCAAGAUUAAUCGAAAAUCGUCAUAAAACUCAAUUCCUUAUUAAUUUAAAUUAUAUAACCAAUCCAAAACUACAUGAAAAUCAACACGCACUGAAUUUACAGAAUUAAAAAGUUAUUUUCUUCUGUAAAGGUUUGCAAGGCACUUUUGAGCACAAUACUAUCAAUAUCCAAGAAAGCAUAGUUUCUGUUACACAAAAUAUGGCUUUUCAAAUGAAAUGCUUCGAGCAAAUCGCACAUCAAAUAAAUGUAAAUUCAAAUUAAUCAUUUGAGCGUCCUAUCCAUUCUUUCAUUAAAUCAUAGGGAAAUAAAUGUCCUCAUUGAAAAUUUGCAAACUUCCUCUGUUAGAUUUUGAAACAAUGCACCCUUUUGAGAUAGUGAAUCUUUGCGAACUAUCAAUUGUAACUUUGCAAAAUGAAUCAUAUUCGUAAUCCAUGUACCUCUUCUUGACCGUAAAAACUUACAGUGUUUUUGAAUUGUAUCCGUUAAUUAUAAGGAAUGAAUUAAUAAAGAUCCUAAGCAAUUUUACUUUGUAAUUUGAAGAAGAAAGAUUUUGCUCCAAUUUAAUCAAACUAAGUAACAAUCCGCAUUUAUGUUUUUAAUUACUAAACAGGCACAUGUAAGCCAUCUAUGUUGAAAAAUUGUCCUCAUAUUCACUUAAAAUACUAUUAAUACUAAUAUUUUAAUUGAUAUUAAAGACUGCAAGCAGAUUGAAUUAUCAUUGCCUUUACUUGAAAGUAAUUUUAGCUUUUUAAAUCCUUCUUAUUACCAAAAUCAUUCGGAAAUAAUAGUUCAUACUAAGUUGCAAAACCUUUCUUACGACUCUUACAGCUUUGGAACCAUAUUGUAACUGUAAAUUAUAUUUUCUCUAAGUUGGAGACCAACUUUUCGUAGGAGGGAGGAGUUAUGGAAUCCUGUUGGUAACAUAACUAUGUGGUACAAGCCCAUUAUUCCAACAAAUUGAAUUGUAUGGCAAGUAAGCCCAUUAAGAAAUAUUUGCUUUUUACUUCUUUUUUUCGAUACAGCUCUGUUAUUUUUCCUAUAAAGAUUAGAAUUAUAUCGAGGCACAGACAGAUUUUGUUCAAUACUUGUAACUACUCUUUGUUCCUGCAAUAAAGUCUG